AUGCCGCGACUUGGAGGAGCGGGAAUCAUGACUUUCAAUUCAUGCAUAGCAUUCUACUACAAAUGGCCUUUACGACUUUCAAGUUCACGACAGCUUUACGACGUUCACAUUCUGCAUAGCGGGGGCGAUUUCCAUCUAGACCGUCAGACAAGACUGGGGCUUUCUUGGUGUUCUGAUCUGGCAUCCUCAGUUCGGCUGCAACAUGACGGCAAGGGAUGA